AUGGUGAUAGGAACACAAACUGCCAUAAUCAAUGCUCCAGAGCACCUAAAAUGCAAAUUACUAGCUGGUACACUCAAAGAGGUAGCCUUGCGCUGGUAUAUGAACCUUCCAAGGAAUUCAAUCGAAAGUUACGCUGAUUUUCACAAAAAGUUCAUCCACCAAUUCGCUGGAUCAAAACACGUGAAAGUCACCUCAACUAGCCUUUUCUCCAUUCGUCAAAGCCAUAGCAAAUCGUUACGUAGUUAUCUCGCCAGAUUCAGCGAGGCCACCAUUAAGGUUUCAAAUCCCAACCAAGAAAUGUUCGUGGCGGCUUUUCACAAUGGGUUGAGAGCAGGGCAUUUCAACGAAUCUUUGGCCCAAAAACCAGCGUCAUCAAUGCAGGAGGUAAACAAGAUAGCAGAAUGUUACAUAAAAGGCGAAGAAAGUAACGCUGAGAAGAGGCAAAGAGAUGCCAAGGAGAAGGAAUAUGUGAAUCGUAAUACGAAAGCGCCUGAUCAUCAGCGACAGAAGGUUGGAGGCCGCCAAGAAGAUUCAUGGCAAAGGCGCCAUGGUAAGCCUUAUUAUCAACCACCAAGGGGAGAAUUCAGAAACCAUCCCGCCAGGGGAGAAUUUACACCGUUAAAUGCUUCCAAAGCAUCCGUGUUAGAGGAAAUUCUUACCAGCGGGUUAGCAAAUCUUCCCGCCAGGAGAAGCACCAGAAUCCCCAUGGGGCUCGACGACAACGCUUGGUGCUCCUACCACAGGUGCAGAGGUCAUUCUACGGAAAAAAAAUUUCGCCUGAGAGAUCUGAUCGAGGAAUUAAUUAAAAGCGGCCAUCUCCGGAAGUUUAUUGAGGACGCCGCUCAGGGGCGAGUCGUCGUACCUAAAAUCCCCAGGCAAGAACCAUGGAAUACGCCUGGGUCGGGCAAGGAACCCCCCAAAGAAAGGAUCUCUGUUAAUACAAUAGCGGGGGGAUUCUCAGGAGGAGGCGAGUCAAGCUCGGCGAGGAAGCGGUAUGUUCGCCGCGCAAUUUCAGAGAUAUACCUCGUCAGGCAACCGCAAUCACUCGCCAUCCCGGAUUUGGCAUUCACAACAAAGGAUGGUCUUGAGGUGGCACCUCAUGAUGAUGACCCUCUGGUAAUACAAGUCCAAAUCCUGAACUGCGAUGUAAAGAGAGUCCUAAUCGACUCAGGAAGCUCAGCAGAUAUUAUGUAUUGGGAAGCUUUUAAGGCCAUGCAAUUAGCCGAAGAGCAGUUACAGCCGUAUGCAGAAACUUUGGUUGGAUUUUCCGGGGAGCAGGUAGACGUGAUGGGCUACGCCUCAUUACUCACAACCUUUUGA